ACACCCGACGCCCGUCGAUAUGGAUCAGCAACAAGGCCAGCAGGGCCCCAUGGGCCCCGCCGGCCGCCGUCUGCACAUUGCGCACCGCCGCAGUCCGUCAGAGCUGACGCCGCUGAUGAUGGAGCAACUGGCCAUCGCACAGCAGAUCGAGGUACUCCAGCAACAACAGCAACAGAUUGCCGCCACGCACCAGCAAUACGUCAACAUGGGCAUGAUCCAGCCGCAGCAGCAGCUCGGCAACUUCCAGAUGCCCGGCCAGAUGCCCGGUGUCUCGCCCCAGGUCAACAACUACCAAUUCGCCCAGCAGAUGCCCCAGCAGCAACAGCAUCUCGCUGUCCCCAUGAAUGCCCCUGCACAGCCCUCGGCCCACCGCCGCAACCAGUCCGCCCUUCCCAAUGUCGGCAUGGGCCCCCCGCCUGCCCCGUCGUCUGGCGCUUCUGGAUUCGGCGAGUUUAGCGCACCCCAAGGCGGCCAGGGCAGGGAAAAUGUAAACCCUCGUGGCCGAGGAGGUGGCGGCGCUGGCGGCGGCGGCAGCCACACGCGCCGCCAUUCGCUGGCUCUGGCAGAUGCAAAGAAGGCUGCCGAGCAAGCUGAAUCCAAGAGAAAGACUUCGGGCUUCCAGUUCCCCAUUCCCGGCUCCAACGAGGGCAGCUCCAAUCGUGACGCCAGCCCCGGCGGACAGGGUGCCUCCAACGACUCGUCUUCGACGCGUGGACGAGGUGCCCACGGCCGUAGCCAGAGUAUGGCUGUCGGACGUGGUGGCGGAGGUGCUGGCCGUGGUGGGCCUUCUUUCUCGUUCCCAGCGACCAGCGAGAAUCCCACCAACCAGACCAACCAGCAGCCCGAUUUCCAGCGCCGCGGCAGCCAGGGCCAUGGCCGCAGCCAGUCACGCAACUUUGAAGGCAACUGGAGACAGCCUCAGAACAACCAGCAACAGUCUGCUCAAGACAACCAGGCCCAGAACAUGGGCAACUUCAACAUGAACCAAACCGCCAAUGCCGCUCCUUUCCAACCUGGCCACCGCAGUCGUGGAUCGGUCAACCAGUCUGUUGGCUCUCUUGGCAACUUCCAGUACGGCGGCCAGCCCCAGAUGCAGAUGCAAUCACCUCAAGCACAGCUUCUGCUGCAACAGCAGAUGUUUGGCCAGCCGCUUAACCCUAUGCAGAUUGCUCAUUUGCAGGCGCUUCAAGCUGCUCAGAUGCAGGGCGGCCUGGGCGGCAGCCAGCAUGCCCCGCAGAUGAACAUGCAGCAACAGCAGCAGCAACAGCGCAAGACUCUAUUCACUCCUUACCUCCCCCAGGCAACUCUGCCUGCCCUCCUCAGCGACGGCCAACUCGUUGCUGGUAUCCUCCGUGUCAACAAGAAGAACCGCAGCGAUGCCUACGUUACCACUACUGAUCUAGAUGCUGACAUUUUCAUCUGCGGCAGCAAAGACAGGAACCGAGCUCUCGAAGGAGACUUGGUCGCUGUCGAGCUCCUCGACGUUGACGAGGUUUGGGGACAGAAGCGCGAGAAGGAAGAGAAGAAGAAGCGAAAGGACAACGCAGACCCUCGCGGCGGUAGUAUCGCCGUCAAUGAUGCCACCACGCAACCUGAAACUGGUUCUGAGGGUGGUAUUCGUCGACGUGGCAGUCUCCGCCAGCGACCUGCACAAAAGAAGAACGACGAUGUGGAAGUGGAAGGACAAAGCUUGCUGCUCAUGGAGGAGGAAGAGAUCAAUGACGAGCUCAAGCCUCUCUACGCUGGUCACAUUGUUGCCGUCAUCGAGCGUGUUGCCGGACAGAUGUUUUCUGGCUCUCUCGGACUGCUCCGUCCUAGCAGCCAGGCUACAAAGGAAAAGCAGGAAGCUGAGCGCCUAGCUCGCGAGGGCAACUCGGGCCGGACCCAGCCGGAACGCCAGGACAAGCCCAAGAUUGUGUGGUUCAAGCCGACAGACAAGCGAGUGCCCUUGAUUGCCAUUCCCACGGAGCAAGCACCACGUGAUUUCGUCGAGAAGCACCAGGAGUAUGCCGACCGCAUCUUUGUGGCAUGCAUCAAGCGAUGGCCCAUUACGUCACUACAUCCGUUUGGUACCCUUGUCGAGCAGCUUGGCGUCAUGGGUGACCUUAAGGUGGAAACCGAUGCUCUUCUGCGUGACAACAACUUUGGUCCCGACGACUUUUCGGAUGCCGUCAUCAAGAACGUCGGGUUCGACGACUGGUCGGUUGCCAACGACGGCGAAGAGGCGCUGAAGAACCGUCGCGACUUUAGAGGCGAGGAGACAUUUACCAUUGACCCCAACGGCAGCAAGGAGCUCGAUGACGCCAUCCACUUCAAGUACCUUGACGAUGGCCGUGUCGAGAUUGGUGUUCACGUGACGGACAUUUCACACUUCAUCAAGGCCAACUCACUUGUCGACCGUGAGGCCAAGAAGCGCGGCACUGCCGUGUACCUCAUGAACCGUACGGUGAACAUGCUGCCUCCCAAGCUGUCCAACGACAUCUGCUGUCUGAGCCCAGGCGAGGAGCGCUACACUGUUAGUGUGGUCUUCAAGGCCGAUCCUGCUUCGGGCAAGGUCUUCGAGGACGAGACGUGGAUUGGCAAGUCUGUGAUCAAGAGCUCUGGAAAGCUGUCGUAUGACGAGGUCGACUCCGUUAUCAGCGGCAACGACGGUUCCGUCUCGGUAGCUCGUGCUAAGGACAUCAAGAUGCUGCAUCACAUUUCGCAGAAAUUCCGCCAGGUCCGCUUUGGUGAUCGGGUAUCCGACGUCAAGGCGCUGCGCCUCAUGUACCAACUGGACGACGAGAACGUGCCCGUCGAGCAGAACAUUUUUGACUCUUCGCCUGCGCACGAGUGCAUUGAAGAGCUCAGCCACCUUGUAAACGCCUUUGUUGCGAAGAAGCUCGCCGCUGGCUUGCCUGAAAAGGCUCUUCUGCGUCGCCAAGCACCGCCCAACCCCCGCCGCUUGAUGACGAUUGCGGAGCGCAUGGGUGCCAUUGGCUACGACAUCAACACGGAGAGCAGCGGUUCUCUGCAGAACAGCUUGUUCGAGGUGGAAGACGACGACAUCCGGAAGGGCAUGGAGACGUUGGUCAUCAAGUCGAUGCCCCGUGCUAAGUACUUUGUCGCGGGCAAGCUGCCAGAGGAUCAGUACCCCCACUACGCCCUCAACCUCCCCAGGUACACUCACUUUACGAAUCCGUCGCGUCGCUAUGCCGAUAUUGUCGUGCACCGCCAGCUGGAGGCUGUUUUGUCCAACGGUGCCAUUGAGUUCACCGAAGACAUUGAGGUGCUGGCCAAGACUGCGGAGAUGUGCAACACCAAGAAGGACUCUGCUCACGCUGCGCAAGAGCAGAGCGUGCACAUUGAGGCUUGCCGCAAGAUGGACAAGGUGCGACAGGAGAGUGGUGGCGAUCUCAUUGCCGAAGGCAUUGUGCUCUGCGUGUAUGAGUCUGCUUUCGAUGUGCUCAUUCCCGAGUGGGGCUUCGAGAAGCGUGUCCACUGCGACCAGCUUCCCCUCAAGAAGGCCGAGUUCGACAAGAACAAGCGUCUGCUCGAGCUCUACUGGGAGAAGGGCGUCCCGUCGUCCAACUACAUUCCCGAGGACGAAAGGCCAAAGCAUGGCUCGCUCCGUUCUGCCAAUGCUGCCGCAGCGGCGCGUGAGGCUGAAGCGGCGAAGCAGCGCGCGAGGGAGCAGGAAGAAGCCCAGCGCAGGCAGAUGGACACGGGCACCAUGUCGACCAAUGAGGAGGCGGCCUUGUUUGACGAUGACGAUGACGACGACUCCAACGACCUCAACUCGACCAUGGCUGGCGUGUCGCUGAACCCCGACCGCCCAACGCAGAGCAUGCCUCCGUCGCCGACGAGGCGUGAUGUUCCCGGUGCUCCUCACCGCGUCAAUUCGGACUCGAAGAUUGCGCAGAGCGCUGGUGAAGCUGCCGAGAGCAAGCUGACGAACAAGGAGAAGUAUCUCAGCUGGUUCACUCUGCGCGAGGAGAACGGCGACUACAUCCAGGAUGUGCGGGAGAUGACGCGGGUUCCAGUCAUCCUUAAGACGGAUCUGACCAAGAGUCCUCCUUGCUUGACGAUCCGAUCGCUCAACCCAUACGCGCUCUAGACGGCCGAGGUGCUUGACGCGGUCUGCACAUUGUACCGAUACGGGGUGCAGGAGCGUGUGUGUGGCAGUGUGGAGGGGCGUGUGGCGUGCUGUCUUGGUAUAGAAAAUUGGACGAUGGGACAUGUACUAGGUGACGAGGAGAAGAAAAGGAAUGCGUGGGAUUAUGUGUAUCGUUGAUGUGCUGAUGGCCAAGUAUGCCGAGGCGCGACUUACAUGGUUGCAGCUCUUAUACACGGUAGUAGUGCUUGGUACGUUUAAUGUAUUGUUGGGCUUUUGGA